AUGUUUCAAGCUUUUGUUCGGCAAGCGUAUCACCCGCUGCCCAGCCACCAGCCAGGGGAACCUGAAACGAAGUAUAAGGGGAAGCUGGUGCACGAGACUCAGCUUAACUGCUUCUACAUCAAACCUGGAGGUUCCAACUAUGGGAGUCCCCGUCCAGCUCAUGCCAACAUGAAUGCCAAUGCAGCUGCAGGGCUUGCCCCAGAGCACAUCCCUACUCCAGGGGCAGCUCUGUCCUGGCAAGCUGCGAUUGAUGCUGCCAGGCAAGCCAAACUGAUGGGUAGUGCUGGCAAUGCAACAAUCUCCACGGCUAGCUCCACGCAGAGGAAAAGGCAGCAGUAUGGGAAGCAGAAAAAACAGGGUACCACCACAGCUACACGUCCUCCCCGGGCACUGCUGUGUUUAACACUGAAAAAUCCCAUCCGGAGGGCCUGCAUCAGCAUCGUCGAAUGGAAAUCAUUUGAAAUAAUUAUUUUACUGACUAUUUUUGCCAAUUGUGUGGCCUUAGCUAUCUAUAUCCCCUUUCCAGAAGAUGAUUCCAAUGCCACCAAUUCCAAUCUGGAACGAGUGGAAUAUCUCUUUCUCAUAAUUUUUACAGUGGAAGCAUUUUUAAAAGUAAUAGCAUAUGGACUUCUCUUUCACCCCAACGCUUACCUCCGCAAUGGCUGGAAUUUACUAGAUUUUAUAAUUGUGGUAGUAGGGCUUUUUAGUGCAAUUUUAGAACAAGCAACCAAAGCAGAUGGGGGGAAUUCAAUAGGAGGAAAAGGUGCCGGCUUCGAUGUUAAAGCACUGCGGGCUUUCCGAGUAUUACGUCCAUUACGGCUGGUGUCUGGAGUUCCUAGUCUCCAGGUGGUUUUAAAUUCAAUUAUCAAGGCCAUGGUCCCUUUGUUGCAUAUUGCCCUGCUGGUGCUGUUUGUCAUUAUUAUCUAUGCCAUCAUUGGACUGGAGUUAUUCAUGGGGAAGAUGCAUAAAACCUGCUAUCAUGUGCAAGGGGGACUUAUAGAUACACCUGCAGAAGAUGAUCCGUCUCCCUGUGCCCCCCAGUCUGCGCACGGGCGGCAGUGUCAGAACGGGACGGAGUGCAAGGCGGGCUGGGAGGGGCCGAAGCACGGCAUCACCAACUUUGACAAUUUUGCUUUUGCCAUGCUGACAGUCUUUCAGUGCAUCACGAUGGAGGGCUGGACAGAUGUACUGUACUGGGUCAAUGAUGCCAUAGGAAGGGACUGGCCCUGGAUCUAUUUUGUUACACUAAUCAUCAUAGGGUCAUUUUUUGUACUUAACUUGGUUCUCGGUGUACUUAGCGGGGAGUUUUCCAAAGAAAGAGAGAAGGCUAAGGCUCGGGGUGAUUUCCAGAAGUUGCGGGAAAAACAACAGCUGGAGGAGGAUUUGAAGGGAUACUUAGACUGGAUAACUCAAGCAGAAGAUAUCGACCCAGAAAAUGAAGAUGAAGGCAUGGAUGAAGAGAAGCCUCGAAACAUGAGCAUGCCCACCAGUGAGACCGAGUCCGUGAACACAGACAACGUCCCUGGAGCGGAUAUUGAAGGCGAAAACUGCGGUGCUAGGCUAGCGCAUCGGAUCUCAAAGUCAAAGUUUAGUCGCUACUGGCGCCGAUGGAAUCGAUUCUGCAGAAGAAAGUGUCGUGCUGCUGUCAAGUCCAAUGUUUUCUACUGGUUGGUGAUCUUCCUUGUGUUUCUCAACACCCUUACCAUUGCCUCUGAACACUACAACCAGCCAGACUGGCUCACGGAGGUCCAAGACACUGCCAAUAAGGUGCUGCUAGCUCUUUUCACGGCUGAGAUGCUGCUGAAGAUGUACAGCCUUGGUCUCCAGGCCUACUUUGUGUCCCUCUUCAACCGCUUUGACUGUUUCAUUGUGUGUGGAGGAAUCCUGGAAACAAUUCUGGUUGAGACUAAGAUCAUGUCACCACUGGGCAUUUCUGUGUUGAGAUGUGUUCGACUACUAAGAAUAUUUAAAAUCACAAGAUACUGGAAUUCCCUGAGUAACCUUGUGGCUUCACUGCUCAAUUCAGUCCGCUCCAUUGCCUCCUUGUUGCUGCUUCUCUUCCUCUUCAUUAUCAUCUUCUCACUCCUGGGGAUGCAGCUCUUUGGGGGCAAGUUUAACUUUGAUGAGAUGCAGACCAGGAGGAGUACAUUUGACAACUUCCCCCAGUCCCUCCUCACUGUGUUUCAGAUCCUGACUGGGGAGGACUGGAAUUCGGUGAUGUAUGAUGGGAUCAUGGCUUAUGGCGGCCCCUCUUUUCCAGGAAUGUUGGUCUGUAUUUACUUCAUCAUCCUCUUCAUUUGUGGAAACUAUAUUCUGCUGAAUGUAUUUUUGGCCAUUGCUGUCGACAACCUUGCUGAUGCUGAGAGUUUAACAUCUGCACAGAAAGAAGAGGAAGAGGAAAAAGAAAGGAAAAAGCUAGCUAGGACUGCUAGUCCCGAAAAGAAACAGGAGAUAGAAAAAACAGCUGUGGAGGAAGAAACAAAGGAGGAGAAAAUUGAGCUGAAAUCAAUCACUGCUGAUGGAGAAUCCCCCCCUGCUACCAAGAUCAACAUGGAUGAUUAUCAGCCCAAUGAAAAUGAAGAAAAGAGCCCAUAUCCCCCAACAGAAGGACCAGCUGAGGAAGACGAGGAAGAACCCGAGAUGCCUGUGGGCCCUCGGCCUCGCCCGAUGUCUGAGCUGCACCUCAAGGAAAAGGCUGUGCCCAUGCCUGAUGCCAGUGCUUUUUUCAUCUUCAGUCCUAACAACAGGUUUCGUGUCCACUGCCAUCGAAUCGUUAACGAUAACAUUUUUACCAACCUGAUCCUGUUUUUCAUCUUGCUCAGCAGCAUCUCCCUGGCAGCCGAGGACCCCGUCCGGCACCUCUCCUUUAGGAACCAAAUUCUCUUUUAUUUUGAUAUAGUUUUUACUGUCAUUUUCACCAUUGAAAUUGCUCUGAAGAUCCUAGGCAAUGCAGACUAUGUCUUCACUAGUAUCUUUACAUUAGAAAUUAUUCUUAAGAUGACCGCGUAUGGGGCUUUUCUUCAUAAGGGCUCCUUCUGCAGAAACUAUUUCAACAUCUUGGACCUGCUGGUGGUCAGCGUUUCUCUCAUCUCCUUUGGGAUCCAGUCCAGUGCCAUCAACGUGGUGAAGAUCCUGCGUGUUCUGCGAGUUCUUAGACCAUUGAGAGCCAUCAACAGAGCUAAAGGACUAAAGCAUGUGGUCCAGUGUGUGUUUGUCGCCAUCCGAACCAUCGGAAACAUUGUGAUUGUCACCACUUUGCUGCAGUUCAUGUUUGCCUGCAUUGGAGUUCAGUUGUUUAAGGGCAAGCUGUACAGCUGCACUGAUAGCUCCAAGCAGACGGAGGCAGAAUGCAAAGGGUACUACAUUACAUACAAGGAUGGUGAGGUCAACCAGCCAAUGAUACAGCCCCGGAGCUGGGAGAACAGCAAGUUUGACUUCGACAAUGUCUUGACUGCCAUGAUGGCCCUCUUCACUGUCUCAACCUUUGAGGGCUGGCCAGAGUUGCUGUAUAGGUCCAUUGAUUCCCACAUGGAGGAUGUGGGACCCAUCUAUAAUCACAGGGUUGAGAUCUCCAUCUUCUUUAUUAUCUACAUCAUCAUCAUUGCUUUCUUCAUGAUGAACAUCUUCGUUGGUUUCGUCAUCGUCACAUUUCAGGAACAAGGAGAACAAGAGUACAAGAACUGUGAGCUGGACAAAAACCAGCGCCAGUGUGUAGAAUAUGCCCUGAAGGCCCGGCCCCUGCGGAGAUACAUCCCUAAAAACCAGUACCAGUACAAAGUUUGGUAUGUGGUCAACUCCACCUAUUUUGAAUACCUGAUGUUCGUUCUGAUCCUGCUGAACACCAUCUGCCUGGCCAUGCAACACUACGGUCAGAGCUGCAUGUUCAAGGAAGCCAUGAACAUCCUCAACAUGCUCUUCACUGGUCUUUUCACCGUUGAGAUGGUCCUGAAACUAAUUGCCUUCAAACCCAAGGGUUACUUUAGUGAUCCUUGGAAUGUUUUUGACUUCCUCAUCGUAAUUGGCAGCAUUAUAGACGUCAUUCUCAGUGAAACUAAUCACUAUUUCUGUGAUGCAUGGAAUACAUUUGACGCCUUGAUUGUUGUGGGUAGCAUUGUUGAUAUAGCAAUCACCGAGGUGAACCCAGCUGAACAUACCCAAUGCUCUUCCUCUAUGAACGCAGAGGAAAAUUCUCGCAUCUCAAUCACCUUCUUCCGACUCUUCCGCGUGAUGCGUCUCGUGAAGCUCCUGAGCCGUGGGGAGGGCAUCCGGACGCUGCUUUGGACCUUCAUCAAGUCCUUCCAGGCUCUCCCCUACGUGGCUCUUUUAAUAGUGAUGUUGUUCUUCAUCUAUGCCGUGAUCGGGAUGCAGGUAUUUGGUAAAAUUGCACUGAACGAUACCACAGAAAUCAACCGCAACAACAACUUCCAGACCUUUCCCCAGGCUGUGCUGCUGCUUUUCAGGUGUGCCACUGGUGAGGCCUGGCAGGAAAUCAUGCUGGCAUGUCUCCCAGACAAGAAGUGCGACCCAGAGUCAGAGCCAGCCAACUCCACUGAAGCCGAUCACUCCUGUGGCAGCAGCUUCGCCGUCUUCUAUUUCAUCAGCUUCUACAUGCUUUGUGCCUUCCUGAUCAUCAAUCUUUUUGUAGCUGUUAUAAUGGAUAACUUUGAUUACCUGACAAGGGACUGGUCCAUUUUAGGACCACACCACCUGGAUGAGUUUAAAAGGAUCUGGGCAGAGUAUGACCCUGAAGCCAAGGGACGGAUCAAACACUUGGACGUAGUUACACUGCUCCGGCGGAUCCAGCCACCCCUCGGCUUCGGGAAGCUCUGCCCUCACCGGGUGGCUUGCAAACGCCUUGUCUCCAUGAACAUGCCACUGAACAGUGAUGGGACUGUUAUGUUCAAUGCCACACUCUUUGCAUUGGUCAGAACAGCACUGAGGAUCAAGACAGAAGGCAACCUGGAGCAAGCCAACGAAGAGCUGAGAGCAAUAAUUAAGAAAAUCUGGAAGCGCACCAGUAUGAAGCUGCUGGACCAGGUGGUGCCCCCCGCAGGUGAUGACGAGGUGACCGUUGGGAAGUUCUACGCCACUUUCCUGAUUCAGGAAUACUUCCGGAAGUUCAAGAAGCGUAAAGAGCAGGGAUUGGUGGGCAAGCCCUCCCAGCGCAACGCGCUCUCCUUGCAGGCUGGUCUGCGCACACUCCACGACAUCGGGCCGGAGAUCCGACGAGCAAUUUCUGGAGACCUAACAGCUGAAGAAGAGCUGGAUAAGGCCAUGAAAGAAGCUGUUUCUGCUGCCUCUGAAGAUGAUAUCUUCCGGAGAGCCGGAGGCUUGUUUGGAAACCAUGUCAGCUAUUACCAAAGUGAUGGCAGGAGCGGGUUCCCGCAGACAUUCACCACCCAGCGACCUUUGCACAUCAAUAAGUCUGGCAACAACCAGGGAGAUACCGAGUCUCCAUCUCACGAGAAGCUGGUGGACUCCACUUUCACUCCCAGCAGCUACUCAUCUUCAGGCUCCAAUGCCAACAUCAACAACGCCAACAACACUGCCCUGUGUCGCUUCCCCAGCCCACCCAGCUACCCCAGCACUGUCAGCACAGUGGAAGGCCACGGGGCUCCCUUGUCACCCACCAUACGUGUCCAAGAGGCUCCGUGGAAAAUGCCUUCCAAAAGGACACAUUACUACGAAACACUGGGACGCUCCAGUUCCAGAGACAGCCAGCUGGCAAUUGUUUGCCAAGAGGAAGUGUCUCAGGAGGAGACUUAUGAUGAAAAUUUGAAUGAAGACGUUGAGUACUGUAGUGAACCAAGUCUGCUCUCUACUGAAAUGCUUGCCUACCAAGAUGAUGAAAACAGACAACUUACUCCACCAGAACACAACAAAGGAGAGGACACCCGGCACUCUCCGAAGAAAGGGUUUCUGUGCUCCUCAGCACUAGGUCGAAGAGCAUCUUUUCACUUAGAGUGUCUGAAAAGACAGAAAAACCAGGGCACAGAUGUCUCACAGAAGACAGUCCUGCCUUUGCAUCUGGUACAUCAUCAGGCGUUAGCAGUGGCUGGCCUGAGUCCUCUCCUCCAUCGAAGCCAUUCCCCCACCACGUUCUCUCGGCUGUGCGCUACGCCCCCCGCCACCCCCUGCAGCCGUGGCUGGCAGCAACAGACCAUCCCAACCCUGCACCUUGACAGGGCAGAGUCCAGCGAGAAGCUCAACAGCAGCCUCCCAUCAGUACACUGCAGCUCUCGGUACACUGACAGCACCAGCUGCAGCAGCCCCAGGAGGGCCCGGCCGGUCUCUCUCACCGUCCCCAGCCAGACUGGAGGGAGCAGCAGGCAGUUCCACGGCAGCGCUAGCAGCCUGGUGGAAGCGGUCUUGAUCUCAGAAGGACUGAUGCAGUUUGCUCAAGAUCCAAAGUUCAUUGAGGUCACAACCCAGGAGCUCGCGGACGCCUGUGACAUGACGAUAGAAGAGAUGGAAAAUGCAGCAGACAACAUUCUCAAUGGUAACAGCAAGCAGAGCCCCAAUGGCAACCUCUUGCCUUUUGUUAACUGCAGGGACCCAGGGCAGGACAGUGCAGGAGAGGAAGAGGAAGAGGUGCAGAACCCGGAUUGUAGAAAAAGUCAGGAGGAGCUCAAGGACAGCAGGAUUUAUAUCAGCAGCCUGUAGUUGCCAGGGCUGGAAGCGAUGCUGGUUUUUUAUUUGUUUCAAUGUUCCUAAUGGGUUUGUUUCAGAAGUGCCUCACUGUUCUCGUGACCUGGAGUAACCGGAACAGCGUUCUUCAUUCAUUUCUGUUGGGACGAGUCGCAGAGUUGGGUGGUGUAAGAAAGCUUUUCAGGAGCGGAUAUAACCCCAGCACGUGUCCAUGAAGGAAGAGUGAGGAGGAGGAGGAAGAGGAGGAGAGCCAGCUCCCUCUUUUUUUCAGUCCCUGCACAAGGAACGACGACUGCCUCCAGAGCACGAAGGAGAACCUCAGCUUCCUGUGGGUGGCCCUAGCCAAAAGGACCCUGCAUUAAACGGGUGUCUUUCAACUUUGCUUGUAAAAAUCAUUUUGCACAUAUUCUGUAUGAGCCUCACUGUCUCCAUAAAGCCAAGGCCCUUUGAUUCAGAAGGAGAGGAGGACUUCUGCUGUGGAUUCCCAUACCACAAAGGGGAGGAGGAAGCAGAAGAAGCCCAAGGGCACCCGAGGGCCAGGGGUGGCAAUGCUGCCCAGCCCUGCCGAGACUCCCAGGCAGUGGUCUCUGCCAACCAAUCAGAGCUCAGGCAGCCACUCCUGCCAGCCAAUCAGAGCUCAGGCAGCCACUCCUGCCAACCAAUCCCAACUCGAGCAGUCAGUUGCCAGCCAAUCCGAGCUCGCGCAGCCUCCUGCUGACCAAUCCGCACUCAGCCAGCCAGCAGCGCCAGGCAGGGGAAGCGCAGGGAGCAGGCUCUGCAGUGGGGCCGGGUGCUGGUGGGCUUGUGGAGAUCUCUCCUUGGUUUGCAGUUUGGUAUUUUCUUGAAAGCAUGUUGCAGUUUUUAUUUUGACUAUUUUAUUAUUAUUAUUAUUAUUAUUAUUUUCUUGGAGGGAGAAGGGAGUGUUUACAGUGUUUUGUAACCACCUACCUUUUUGUUUGGGUUUAUUUUCACCUUUGCAAAUGUUAAAUUGGUUUGAUCAUGUUGUAUUAUUUAAACUGGGGGGUUUUUUCUCCAUUGAAAUUUGGUAGAAGUAUAAUGAUAGAAGAGUUUUACCAACCAUUAUGUACACCAAGAAUUUGUAAUUUGAUUUGCUAGCAGUUGAAACCUCCUUUUUUUGUUGUUGUUUUAUAAUUUAAAGAUAGUAGGCAAUGCACUUGAUAUAGUCUUGCA